CGAUGUAGUUCAAACUCAUGUUAAUUAUUGAAAAUACGCCAGAGACCCUCGGUAACGCUGUGCUAAUCCUAUGACUUCACUGCAAUUUUCCAAGGACUUAUUAGAUCCCACAAUGGGGUGGUAACGAACCCGCAAUUCAUGGUGUCCGGGCGCUGCAUUCUGUCAAAGUGUUGGGUAUGCUACUGCCUGCUACCAGCGUUUGACUCCUGGACUAUAUUACGGCGCCGGACUUCUCUAAACCUUCAGAAUUGUGCUGAUUUGUAAUCAUCUCCACAUCCAUGAUGGCUGCACCAGCGCUGGCCAACCUUCUAACGGAAGCCGUUCGUCAGAUUGCAGAGUUUAUCUAUCUGGAGCACCUACCUAGUCUGAGCUCGUUCGCAUUGAUCUAUAAGACCUGCCACGCCGCUGCCACGACAUGGAGAUUGCGGGAUAUUCACCUCAAGAUCAUCAGCCGCGAACAGCUACGUCGCGAUGUUACACAUUAUUUAGGUAUCAUCAAUCGGAACCAGAAUCCAAAGCACGUUCGAUGGGUGGAGAUCAAAGGCGAGAUGCCGCGUAAGCAGGAGGACGAACAACACACCGAAGCUCCCGGCUAGACGCUUAACAACAAAACCUGAAUAGGAUCUGACGAGGUUUUUGGCGGAAGCGAGAGUGAAAUCUUCGUUGCAAAUGGCACAAAAGAUGGGGCCUGGACAGCAUUUGUGG